GAAAUUAAAUGAACAGAGUUGAGGUGGACAUUUUAAACAGACAGAAUCGAUGAUCUACAAUACAUAAUAUCUAUAAAUCUUUAAAGAAUCGCUAAUAAAUACUAAAGCAGGAGUUUGUGUUUAGUUAUCUGAUGGGAUUUUGAAUCAGAGUCUGUGCAGAUCAAACUGUUCAGAUCCAUCAUGGAUGAAACACAAACAUCUGGAGAUGAAGAUCUGUUUCCAGCACACAGCUCAGUUCAUCAGAACAGAUCAGAAGCAGAGUUCAGCUGUGUGUCUGUGAAGAGUGACACGUCUAUGCCUGAACCAGUAAACUUUAACAGUGGAGAUACACAACCUGUUCUCAGAUCAGUUAAUCAGAAGAGAUCAGAAGCAGAGUUCAGCUGUGUGUCUGUGAAGAGUGACACGUCUAUGCCUGAACCAGUAAACUUUAAGAGUGGAGAUUCACAACCUGUUCUCAGUUCAGUUCAUCAGAAGAGAUCAGAAGAGUCCAGCUCUGUGUCUAUGAAGAGUGACGCGUCUAUGAUUCAGCCAAUAAUGUUUAACAGUGGAGAUUCACAGCCUGAUCGCAGCACUGAAGUCCUCAACAUGUUUAGAUCAACUCUGAUUAAGAAGUUUGCGUGUCUGUAUGAGGGAACAGCGACGCAGAGAAACCCAACACUGCUGAAUGAUAUCUACACAGAGCUCUACAUCACAGAGAGUGAGAGAGGAAAGAUCUGUAAUGAGCACGAGGUGAGACAGAUUGAGACACAAUCCAGGAGAACACCAACAGAGGACACAGCCAUCAAAUGCACUGACAUCUUUAGAGCAUUACCUGGACAAGACAAAGCCAUCAGAACUGUGCUGACAAAAGGAGUCGCUGGCAUUGGAAAAACAGUCUCUGUGCAGAAGUUCAUCCUGGACUGGGCUGAAGGGAAAGAGAAUCAGGACGUCCAGCUCAUAUUUCCACUUCCUUUCAGAGAAAUCAACCUGAUGAAGGACAAAACACUCAGUCUUUCAGAUCUUCUUCAUGUGUUUUUCCCUGAAACUAAAGAAAUGGAGAUAUCCAGUGAAGAAUAUAAAGUGUUGUUCAUCUUUGAUGGUCUGGAUGAGUGUCGUCUGUCUCUGGAUUUUCAGAGCGAUGUGAGGCUGUGUGAUGUAAGUGAAUCAGCCUCAGUGGACGUGCUGCUGAUGAACCUGAUUGUGGGGAAUCUGCUUCCCUCUGCUCUCAUCUGGAUCACCUCCAGACCAGCAGCAGCUGAUCUCGUCCCCUCUGAGUGUGUCCAUCGAGUGACAGAGGUACGAGGCUUCAAUGAUCCACAGAAGGAGGAAUACUUCAGGAAGAGAAUCAGUGAUCAGAGUCUGGCCGACAGGAUCAUCUCACACCUGAAGUCAUCAAGGAGUCUCUUCAUCAUGUGCCACAUCCCAGUCUUCUGCUGGAUCUCAGCCGCUGUUCUGGAGAAGAUGUUGAGUACAGCAGAGAGUGGAGAGAUUCCCAAGACUCUCACUCAGAUGUACACACACUUCCUGAUCCUUCAGACCAGCAUCAAACAUCAGAAGGACUAUGAGAAGAAGGUGACAGAUGAAGACAUGGUCCUCAAACUGGGGAAACUGGCUUUUCAGCAGCUUGUGAAAGGCAACCUGAUCUUCUAUGAUGAAGACCUGAGAGAGUGUGGCAUUAAUGUGAAAGAAGCAUCAGUGUACUCGGGAUUGUGCACUCAGAUCUUCAGAGAAGAGUUGGGCUUGUAUCAGGGGAAAGUCUUCUGCUUUGUUCAUCUGAGCCUUCAGGAACAUCUAGCAGCUCUAUAUGUGCACCUCUCCUUUACAAUCAGAGGCAGAAAUGUGUUUGACCAACCUAAACAAAGUCUGUUGUCUAAACUUUUUAACCAGAAGAAAUUUAAUUCACUAUCUCAGCUGCAUCAGAGAGCUGUUGAUGAAGCUUUACAGAGUAAGAAAGGACAUCUGGAUCUUUUCCUGCGUUUUCUUCUGGGUCUCUCAGUGGAGUCCAAUCAGACACUCUUAGGAAAACUACUGACACAGACAGGAAGCUGCUCCUACAACAUUGAGAAAACAGUUCAGUUCAUCAAACAGAAGAUCAGGGAGAAUCGCUCUCCAGAGAAGUCCAUCAAUCUGUUUCACUGUCUGAAUGAACUGGGUGAUGAUUCACUGAUGCAGGAGAUCCAAGAUUAUCUGAAAUCUGGAGAAAUUAGAGAAACCAAACUCUCCUCUUCACAGUGGUCAGCUCUGGUUUAUGUGUUGCUGACAUCAGAGCAGAAGAUGGAUGUGUUUGAUCUGAAACAGUUUAUUGGAGCACAACACACAGUAGAUGAAGUUCUUCAGAAUCUGUUACCUGUGGUUAAAGAAUCCAGAUCAGUUCGACUAUGUGGAUGUAAUCUCACUGCUCAGUCCUGUGAAAGUUUGUCUUCAGCUCUACAAUCCUCAAACUCUGUCCUGAGAGAGCUGGACCUGAGUAACAAUGACCUGCAGGAUUCUGGAAUGAAGCUUCUUUCUGAUGGACUGAAGAGCCCAAACUGUGAGCUGGAGAUUCUGAGAAUGUCUGGCUGUAUGGUGACAGAGAAAGGAUGUCACUAUGUGUCUUCAGCUCUGAGUUCAAACGCCUCACACCUAAGAGAACUGGAUCUGAGCUACAAUCACCCAGGAGAUUCAGGAGUCAAGCUGCUUUCUGAAAAACUUCAGGAUCCAAACUGCCCACUGGACAAACUGAACGUGGAUCAUGGAGGAGAAUCCAGGAUUACAGCAGGAAUAAAGAAAUGGGUCUGUUUUCUCACACUGGAUCCAAACACAGCAAGCACUGAUCUCAGUCUGUCUGAGGAGAACAGAAAGGUGACACAUGUGAGAGAGAUACAGCCGUAUCCUGAUCAUCCAGACAGAUUUGAUUAUUAUCAUCAGGUGUUGUGUAGAGAGAGUGUGUGUGGACGCUGUUACUGGGAGAUUGAGUGGAGAGGAGAUUAUGUGGAGAUAUCAGUGUCAUAUAAGAGCAUCAGGAGGAAGGGAGACAGUGAUGAGUGUGAGUUUGGACAUAAUGAUAAGUCCUGGAGUUUGUUCUGCUCUCCCUCCAGUUACUCAUUCAUACACAACAGAUUAAAGACUGAUCUCUCUGUGAACCCCACCAGCAGGAGAAUAGUGGAGUAUGAUAAUGAUUAUAUCGGUAGAAUAGGUGUGUAUGUGGAUCACAGUUCAGGAACUCUGUCCUUCUACAGCGUCUCCAGAAACACAAUGAGCCUCAUCCACACAGUCCAGACCACAUUCACUCAGCCGCUCUAUCCUGGGUUUUAUGUUUAUUAUGGAUCAGUGAAACUGUGUUGAUGAAUCAGAAGAGACUGAUGAGAGAUUUUACCCAUAAUGCUUUGAGCUGCAUGAUAAACCAGUGACAGUGAGACGUUAUAGAGUCUCUUCAUGACAUUAAUACUGCAGCUGAACAUCUGUCUCUGAAACAACAGUCAGAAUAAAUGUGUGUCAGAAAACAUCAUAUAAACCAUAAGAUCAGUGUGUGUGUGUGUGUGUGUGUGUGUGUGAGAGAGAGAGAGAGUGUGUGUGAGAGAGAGAGAGAGUGUGUGUGUGAGAGAGAGAGUGUGUGUGUGUGAGAGAGAGAGAGUGUGUGUGUGUGAGAGAGAGAGAGAGAGUGUGUGUGUGAGAGAGAGAGAGUGUGUGUGUGUGUGUGUGUGUGUUUAUCUACAUUUGUGUUUUUAUUGUAGUCAGAACAAUCAUUUGUAUUAUUUCUAUUAAAAUGUUCUUUCAACAGAAAAGUUCUUCGUGAAUCAUGUUUGUAAAAAGUACGUCAUUAAUAUUUCUCUAUUGUUUUUGUUCAUAAAUAAUAAAACAUGAUGAGAAAUGAACUUGUUCAGAUCUGAAUUGAUGUUUGUAUCGUGAAUAUAAUCGAUUCCUCACAAGACUGACAUGAGCUUCAGGAGAGUUUCUGAUAUUAUACAAUAAAACAUUCAUCAUAGCAUUU